AUGUCGUCAGAAGGCUUUACAGAGAACGAAGUGGACGCCAUGCCGGACCGCAUCGCUGAGACCUUCAGCGGCAUGAAUAUUUUUAUCACCGGAGGAACUGGAUUUAUGGGAAAGGUCUUAGUGGAGAAGUUGCUAAGAAAGUGCCACGAUAUUGGAAAAAUAAUACUUCUUGUGCGCGCGAAGAAGGGCAAGAAUCCAAGACAGCGACUUGAGGAAAUGCUCAAUGAUGAACUCUUUGCAAAGGUUCGCGAGCUCCGUGGUGGAGUGGCGCCACUGCUAGGCAAGCUGCACGUUGUCAUCGGUGACGUCAUUGAACCUGAUUUAGGUUUGAGCGAACUUGACCGAUUGAUGAUUAUACAGGAGGUCGAUUUAAUUGUGCACGCUGCUGCAACAAUCAGAUUCGACGAAGAAUUGAAAAAAGCUGUCCUUCUUAACGUUAGAGGAACCAAGCUGAUUUUAGAACUUGCAAAAGAAUGUAAAAAAUUGAAGCUUUUUGUUCACAUCUCGACAGCAUAUUGUCAUCUCCAGGAAAAGCUUUUAGAAGAGAAACCGUAUCCUCCUCCUGCUGAUCCUCACAAAGUCAUACAAACCGUCGAAUGGAUGGACGAAGAAUCUAUAGCUUUACUUACUCCAAAGUUACUGAGUAAGCUACCCAAUUCUUACGCUUUUACUAAGGCGUUAGGUGAAGCUUUAGCGGUCGAAGCUAUGCAGCACAUCCCUGUCGUCAUCUUACGUCCCUCCAUAGUUAUACCAAUAUGGCAAGAACCUGUGCCGGGUUGGACUGAUAACAUCAACGGUCCGGCUGGUCUUUUAAUUGGUGCCGGCAAGGGUGUCAUAAGAACAAUGUAUUGCAAGAGCAACAGUUAUGCGGACUAUUUACCUGUCGAUGUGUUUAUAAAUGGAAUUAUGAUAUUGGCUUGGAACUAUAUUAAAUACGGUGACAAGACUUCAAAUGUAAUCAAUUUCACAUCAUCCGCCGAGAUCAAAGUUACGUGGUCGGAGAUGAUCGAUGCAGGAAGAGAAAUAAUUAUGAACAGAGUACCCUUGAAUGGAGUUGUAUGGUAUCCUGGAGGAUCAAUGAAACAUUCUCGAUUACAUCAUAAUAUUUGCCUUUUAUUUUUCCAUUGGAUUCCAGCAAUCAUUAUCGAUACUUUGCUAUUUUGCCUGGGAUACAAACCUGUAUUAAUGCGUGUUCACCGCCGUAUCAAUAAAGGAUUCGAAGUGUUUGAAUAUUAUACGAACAAUCAGUGGGACUUCAAGUCCGAUAUUGCUCAGACUGUGCGACAGAGGCUUAAUACGAGAGAGAGACGGGAUUACAAAGUCGAUGCUAUUGGUCUUGACAUAUCGAAAUAUUUCGAAGACUGUAUUAGAGCAGCUCGAAUAUUCAUUCUUAAGGAGUACGAUGACACCUUACCGGCAGCAAGAAGGCAUAUGAAAAUCAUGUGGUUCGUCGACCUGGUUGUGCGGUUUUUAUUUUGGGCGCUGACACUAUAUUGGCUUAGUGGAUGUGUCUCCUCCCUCUACACAUAUGCAGUAGGAUACAAAUAA